GCUUUCUUCAUUACGUAAUAGGUGAACCAAAAUGUUAUACGUGGUAACAUUAUAGGCAACAUUUUAUAUUAUUAUAUUAUGCGCUCAGAAAUAUGUUACAUUAUCGACUGGGGUUACCAAGCCAUAUAAUCUCAGUUGAGGGCAUAAAAGCUUAAGCUGACACCUUUAAACAUAAAAGUGAUCUUAAAGGCAGUAUGAUGUAUCUUUUACUAAACUACAAACAAAAGUGUGAGAGUAAUAUUAUAUGUUCAGAUACAUUAUUAGAAUACUGGGGGAAGGCCUUUAGUUUAACAUGUGCAACGGAAGCAAAGGCGACAAUCUGACACUUAAUAAUUAACCUCUCUACUGAUUUCCUUAUCAACCUGUAGAUGUGUUUUUAUAGGAGGGGUAACGUAGAAAUAAGAGUACUAAAGGAAGGUAAAUCCAAAAUACCAAGCAUUAUUUUAGAGGGCUAUAUAACAAGGUAAUACCUGCAUUCUAUUUCAUGUUAAAGUGACUCAUGUGAGUGUACCACUCCGACGUUAACACUACAGAGGAAAGAUGCCUAAAUACAAAGGGGUCAUAACGACUGAAGACCGUCUCCUUGCCUCCACUUGGGAUCAUGUCCACAUUAAACUAGUGGGGACCGAGGGGGAGAGCCGACGCAAAGCUCUUUCUACUGGACAUUUUUUGUUCAAGGCUGGAUCUGUUUUAAAAUUUGAGCUGGACUGCAAAAAGUCCAUUGGCAAACUGGUACUGAUUGAGCUGAAGAAAAAUCCCCGUCUUCUGCUGCCACAAGACCCCUGGUUCCCUGCCAAGGUGGAACUCAAGUCCCCUGAAGGAGAGACCUUCCUCUUCCCCAUCCAUCGCUGGAUCACCAACAAAGAAGUUCAACAGUUCAGAGAGGCCACAGCUUGUUUAGUGUUUGAUGACAUCCAGCCUUAUACAAGCCAAAGCAGAACGAAAGAGUUGAAACUGAGAAAGGAACAGUAUUGCUGGAGCAUUUAUGCAGAGGGGAUUCCUCACUGUAUGAAGGUUCACUGUGUUCAUUCCCUACCUGACGAGGUCCGGUUCUCCUUCACUAAAGAAGUAGAGUUUGGACUCAACGCUUUACAAGGGAUGAUAGAGCUGAAACUCCACAGACUAGCGGAUUGUAAAGAAAAGUGGAGUAGCAUUGAUGCCAUCGGCAAAGUCUUCCGCCACAAACAAACUACACUGUCUGAAUAUGUUCAGCAGAACUGGAUGAAGGAUUCUCUAUUUGGCUACCAGUUUCUAAACGGUGUCAACCCAAUGGUGAUCCGUCGUUGUUCGGUGUUGCCGGAAAAUUUCCCUGUCACUGAUCAAAUGGUGUUCCUCCACGGUGGGAGGAGCCUUGCAGAAGAGAUGCAGAGCGGCAACAUAUUCCUGUGUGACUACAAACUCUUGGAUGGACUGAAAGCCAACAUGGUUAAUGGCAAGCAGCAGUACCUGAUGGCCCCACUCGUCCUGCUCCACAAAACCCCUGAGGAUCAGCUGAUGCCCCUAGCUAUCCAGUUGAAGCAGGAACCAUCAAAGGACAACCCCAUCUUCUGUCCUACCGACUCAGAGUACGACUGGUUGUUGGCCAAGAUGUUUGUCAGAAGUGCAGAUUUCCAAGACCACCAGCUUAUCUCCCACUUGCUCCGCACUCAUCUUCUGGCAGAAGUCUUUUCUGUCUCACUCCUGCGUAACCUGCCCAUGGUGCAUCCACUGUACAAGCUCCUGGUUCCACACACUCGCUACACCCUCCAGAUUAACGCCCUGGCCCGGAACCUACUCAUAUCUGACAGUGGAUAUUUCAAUAAGUUCACCGCUUCUGGUGGACAGGCUAUGCAAACGAUUCUGCAACGAGCCACGUCGUCUAUAACCUACACCUCGCUCUGCAUUCGGGAUGACAUCAAGGAGAGAGGGCUAGAGUCUGUGCCCCACUUCUACUACAGAGACGAUGGCUUCCACUUGUGGGACAUCACCAACAGGUUUGUUCAGGGAGUUCUUGGCUACUACUACAAAGAUGACUCUGAUGUCCAGCGAGACACAGAGCUACAGACCUGGGUUCUGGACAUCUUUAAACAUGGAUUCCUUUCACGGCCAGAAUCUGGAAUGCUGCAAAAAUUUAACACUGUAGCUGAGCUGGUGAAAUUCGUCACCAUGGUGAUCUUCACCGGUUCUGCCCAGCACGCUGCAGUCAACAGCGGCCAGUUUGACUACGGUUCAUGGAUGCCCAACACUCCACCGACCCUACAGCGCCCCCCGCCGACCACCAAGGGAACUGCAGAUGAAAGGUCCCUCCUGGAAACUCUCCCUGACAUCAACGUCACCGUUCAUGGCAUGGCUAUCAUGUGGCUGCUCAGCAAGCAGUCCAGUGAUUUUGUGCCCCUUGGCCACUACCCUGAAGAGCAUUUCUCUGAAAGAGUUCCACGCCAGCACAUGGAGAUCUUCAAAGGGGAGCUUGGACUUUUAAGUGCACUUAUUGAAGCCAGAAACUUGAAUCUGGAAAUCCCGUGCACGUUUCUGGACCCACCGUUUCUGGAGAAUAGCGUAGCCAUCUGAGUAGCGGAGCUAUGGGGGGCAGGAGGGUCUGGUCCUGGAGGUGGACUCCCAGCUGAAGGGUUGGGUUCAAACUCCAUUGUCUACACGGUGUGCUGCCGACAAUACACUAUGAAUAAUUAUUAGAUUUUUAAAAAGUAAUUGCAUUUGUGUUAAGCAACACACACACACACACACACACACACACACACACACACACACACACACACACACACACACACACACACACACACACACACACACACACACACACACACACACACACACACACACACACACACACACACACACUCCUUUCAAUCUUAAUUAGGUAAUUCGAUAGAUCGUUUCAACAGAACUUUUGUCAUUUGACAUAAUUUUAACUGUAGCCUACAGCAAAAUCUAUCCAGACAUGGGUCUAAGAGGCAUAAUCCUCAACAUGCAAAAUAAGGCAUGUACACCAAUUUUCUUAAUUUCUAAUUAAUCUAUCGUUUUGAUCUUUUAAACUCAUACCGCAAAUGAUAGCGCCCCCUACGCACCAAACUUUUCCAGUCCACCUCGGAGAUACAUGCAUUACCAAUCCGGAAUAUUAACACUCACACAGUCACACACAAACUAACAAACACAGAUGUAUGGUAAUUAGCAUACAUUGAAUUUUCCAUAACUCUGCUAUUUUUUACACAAUCAAAACCCUUCCUCAGGAUUGUAAUGAGGGUUAUCAUGAAUAUCAAAACCGUAUUUCAUUUAAGCUAUGAUUCUGAAGUACAUUUCUGAAGAUUUUCCGAAAUUUUCACUGCACAGCAAAAUCGUUCUUGUCUUUUACCAAAUGUUAUAUCGCUCCCUAUAGGAAUUAUGGAACGACGCUAGUUAGAGAUCUGCUUACCGAUGCUAUGUAUAUAAAUCCCAAUUUUGCAAACUUUUGACCUUGAUAUGCUUUCGCUUGUUCUCUACCUGGUAGGCAAAAUUUAAAAACUUUGAACUCCCCAACCAAAUCGAAACGGCUGUGCAAAUCUAUACCGUUAGAAACUCCAUACACUGAUCACCCUGAUGAAAUUGUUAUCAGUUUUCCCCAAAGACACAUUGUACAAUACAAAAUAAUUGUAUUAAACCACUUUACCGUAGAAUCUGCAAUGUGGAUAUAAAGGUUUUGCAUUUUCUAUGGAGUUUCUUGCCUUUAAUCUUGACAUUUGGAUUAAAUGAUGUAUCAACACAUAUGAUCACCUGACUAGAAAGCUCAUGAUUUGAGGAAUAUAUGUUAUAAGAUGUCAUCACUGGUUUCCCCUACUUUCCUUUGAUCCAAGUAUUUUGUUCCAGAAUUGCAAUGUUCCAUAGUGCUGCCUAUGCAACCCGGUAUCACGCGAUUUCGUGCCAAUGCUCACAAAUGUUAAUCAAUUGAAUCGUGUCCCAGAGCACGAUUGUAAACCAAUGCAUUCUGAAUGGGAGCCUUUGUCAGAUUUUUUCGUGCU